UAUUUCCCACCUCGGUAUUUGGAUGCUCCGAACUCCCAUUUCCGAAAAGGAUAUUACGCGCUGCUGGUGUGCCUAUAACUUUCUGCACAUUCUCUAAAUUUCUAUCCAUGUCAUUCUCCUGAAAUUCGAGGAAAAGCUAUAAUAUGAUUCAGUUUCUGUGAAAGCAAUGUUUCUGAAGCUGCAGUUGGACACCAGUUGCUUCCCAAUUCUGGGUUCCAUAAAAACGUCGCCCAACGCAGGACGCUCUCCACUGGACAAACUCGAACUCAUAAGCAACGAUAGGAAACAGAGAGUGGUUCAGAGUCCCAAUGGAGGAGGAGGGCUGAAGAAGAAGUUGGGUGAAGUUCAUCGACCCACAAAUGGCAGGCGUGGAAAUGGCGUCGUUGUUCAUGAGGUCGAGCUGAAAAAACCCAGUUUUGUGAAGAACCCAGGUGGGGAGAAGACGAAAAACGUAAAGAGUACUGGCCGUUUUGCGAAAAGUGGAGAUAUUGAUGGUGGGUUGAGAGUUGGGGAUGGGAAUGGAGUGGUGAAGAAAGUGCACUCCAGGUGUUCGACCAAAUGCGUCAGUUACGGAGGUUGUAUUCCUGCAAUUUUGAAGGCUUUGGAUGAAGUUGAGGAUUUGGAUGAGGCUCUGAGGCCGUGGGAAGAUAGGCUUACAAACAAGGAAAGGAGUAUAAUUUUGAAGGAGCAGGUGUGUUGGGAAAGGGCUUGGGAGGUUUUUGAGUGGUUUAAGAGAAAGGAUUGUUAUGAGGUGAAUGUGAUUCACUAUAAUAUAGUGCUUAGAAUUCUUGGGAAGGCGAGGAAGUGGAGCCGUGUCGAGAGACUUUGGGAUGAGAUGAAGGUUAACGGAAUAGCACCGAUAAAUUCAACUUAUGGAACUUUGAUUGAUGUUUAUAGUAAAGGCGGGCUUAAAGAAGAAGCACUUGUUUGGCUGGACAAGAUGAACGAACAAGGAAUGAAACCGGAUGAGGUUACCAUGGGGAUUGUCGUUCAAUUGUAUAAGAAAGCGAGAGAGUUUCGAAAAGCUGAGGAUUUUUUCGACAAAUGGUCGUUGAGCGUAUCUUUGAGACAAGAACAAGAGGGCACCUCUACAACAAGUGCUUCUGGAUUGCAGAGCUCUUUGCAUUCUCACGUUUCUUUGAGCUCGCAUACAUACAAUACAUUGAUUGACACAUAUGGAAAGGAUGGCCAACUUAAACAAGCAUCUAAAAUAUUUGCAAUGAUGCUUAGGGAAGGGAUUGCUCCAACUACAGUUACUUUCAAUACAAUGAUUCACAUUUGUGGUAACCAUGGCCGGCUGGAAGAAGUUGUUUCCCUUAUGCAGAAGAUGGAAGAGCUUCGAUGUCCACCUGAUACAAGAACAUAUAAUAUUCUAAUUUCCCUCCACGCAAAGCAUAACAAUAUAGACAUGGCGACAAACUACUUCACAAACAUGAAGGAGGCUCACCUUGAGCCAGACCCUGUCAGUUACCGCAUCCUUUUGUAUGCAUACUCAAUAAGGCACAUGGUCAGCAAAGCUGAAGUCCUCAUAUCAGAGAUGGAUGAAAAGGGUUAUGAGAUUGAUGAGUUCACUCAGACAGCUCUGACAAGGAUGUACAUAGAUGCCGGGAUGCUUGAAAAGUCAUGGUUUUGGUUCAUGAGAUUUCAUCCUUCAGGGAAAUUGAGUUCUGAGUGCUGUGCUGCCAACAUUGAUGCAUAUGGAGAGCGUGGCCAUAUUUUGGAAGCUGAGAAAGUCUUCAUUUGCUGCCUAGAAGCAAAGAAAUUGAGUGUCCUUGAGUUUAACGUGAUGAUUAAAGCUUAUGGGGUGGGGAAACAGUACGGUAAAGCAUGUCAGCUGUUUGAUAGCAUGAAGAGUCAUGGCGUAGUUCCGGACAAAUGUAGCUACAGCUCUCUGAUACAAAUUUUGGCUAGUGCUGACAUGCCACAUAUAGCAAAACCCUAUCUCAGGAUGAUGCAGGAGGCAGGAUUGGUAAGUGAUUGCAUCCCGUAUUGUGCUGUGAUAUCAAGCUAUGCAAAAUUAGGAGAACUGGAAAUGGCAGAGGAACUAUACAAAGAGAUGGUCAGAUUCAAUGUUCAGCCGGAUGUUAUUAUCUUUGGGGUGUUGAUAAAUGCUUUCGCUGAUAUUGGAAGUGUUAAAGAAGCUCUGAGUUAUGCUGAUGCAAUGAAAAAGGCAGGCUUGCCUGGGAACUCGGUGAUUUACAACUCCUUGAUCAAGCUCUAUACUAAAGUUGGCUUUUUGAACGAAGCAGAAGAAACGUACAGACUUCUUCAAUCAUCAGAGGAUGGUCAUGCUAUUUAUGCUUCAAAUUGUAUGAUUGACCUUUAUAGCGAGCGAUGUAUGGUUGAGCCAGCAGAAGAACUCUUUGAUAGCCUGAAGAGCAAGGGAGCUGCAAAUGAGUUUACGUACGCAAUGAUGUUGUGCAUGUAUAAGAAACUGGGGAGGUUUGAGGAAGCCAUUCAGAUCGCAAAGCAGAUGAGAGAACUGCGACUUUUAACUGAUUUGCUCAGUUAUAAUAAUGUGCUUGGGCUGUAUGCGAUGUAUGGAAGAUUCAAAGAGGUAGUGGCAACUUUCAAGGAAAUGAUAAAAGCUUCCGUUCAACCUGAUGAUUGUACAUUCAAAUCACUUGGAAUUAUUUUGGUGAAAUCUGGGAUUUCAAAACAGGCUGUCGGCAAUCUGGAAGUAUCAGUGAAGAAGGAUGCUCAGAGUGGUUUGCGAGCGUGGAUUUCAGCCCUCUCAUCUGUCGUGAGAUUAAAUGAAAGUAAUUAUCUGUAGAUACACUCUGCGAAGAGUGUUUUGAAUACUCACCAGGCAUUAUAGUCCAAUUCCUUGCUGAUUAAUGGAAUUCAGUGAGGGAAUUGAGCUGUGGAACUUCAGGUGUAGAAGUUGAAUUAUUUAUGCAAAGUUACAACCGAUGUCCCACUCCACGGUGCUGAGAAGGGAGAUGAUAACUUUGACAAGAUGAAAAUGUAGAUCACAUUUCGGUUCACGGGCAAGAGACGUGAUCCUGUAUAGAGCCGAUUGCUCGGAACAAGAACCGUAUAGCCAACUCUGCAGGAGCAAGUCCUUGAACCAAAUUGAAGAUUAUGUAACAUCCUUGUAUGACCAGCUGUGACUCUUGAAUAUAUGUAUUGGAAAGGUUGUAAUGUGCUCUUCUAAUCAUCUGUGGGUGUUGUGAAAAGAAGAGCAACGAAAUUGUCAGGUUUUGUGUAAUUGCUUUUGUUUAUUGAAUAUUUACUAAGCACAAGGCAGAAGUUUCCUAAUUUCUUCUCAA